UCUCUUUUGUUUUAGAUGCCUAUUGUCCGGACUUGUUGCACGCGUGCGCCUUAAUCCUUCACCAGCAACAGCAGCCCGGCAGCAGCGACAGUUCGGUUGGUAAUUUCACAGCCACGCCCCCACCCCCACCGCCUCCGCCUCCGCCGCCGGCAGAGAAUCGGGCGGUACGUGACAGCAUCGAAUACAGCUCGGACUAUGUGGAGAUCGAUGAGCUGCUGCUAGGCGCUGGCCCUCGGGCCAAGAGCACACCCCAGCUGCAGCAUGCUGUAGGUCUCGAAGCAUUAGAGAUGGGUCAGAACCUGAGCCUGCGACGUCCUCGCAUCUCRCUGACCUGGGUGCUGCGGGAGCAGCACCAACCCACCCAGCAGCAGCCCGGCAAUGAGCCCGACGCACCAGAUGCCGCCCCACACGGCCACAAGGAGAAGGAGCCGCUGAAGCUGAGCAAUGGACAUGUGGGCGCCGCCGAAGCCGCCCCAGGCCCAGCUGCGGCGCCUGUGCAGCGCACUGAGCCGGUGCCCACCCAGCUGGAUGUGGGCAAGAAGCGCUAUAGGGUCAAACAGCUGCCCGGCGGCGCGGAGCCACUCAAUGGUUACGCCACCACGCCCACCGCCCACCAGGCACCCGGCCACAGCAACGGCCCGUUGGGCAGCCAGAAGUUCUUCAGCAACCAGAAUCUGCUGGAGUACAAGGACAAGAGUGCGCGCAGUGGGGCGCCCUUUGGCUACGAGAUCCACAAUGUGGAUGAGUUUCUGUCACGCUGCUCGCUGUCCGCACCGGGCAACAUACCCGUUGUCCUGGCCACGGCCAGCACGCUGUACCAGACGCGUCCCGGCGGCUACCAGCUGGAGAUCCCCUUGCCCCUGGGCAUGGUUGUCAAUGCGGUCUUCAAGAACCAGAACUGGCUCUACGUGCAGACGCCGCACGCCGAGGAGGGCUACGUGGGCUACGCCUGCUGCCUGCCCCUGGGCAUAUUGCCCACGGGCAAGACGACGCCCUGCUGGGAGUCCAAUGCGGACAUCUUUCCACGCCCCUGCGGCAAUAUGACCGACUCGGAGAAGGAGAUACGCCUGCGCGGCGGCACACGGUCCGAUGGAGCGCGCACACCGCGCCAGUCCAAGCCAGUCGAAGAGCACAACAACAACAACAACAACAACAACAAUAUUAAUCCAAGCAAGAGUCUGGUCUCCAAUGGCGGCAGUCUGGCUGGCUCCUUGUAUGGCGAGCAGCACGUGGACAAGCUCUACCUGCGCGCCGCCUCACAGCCAAAGCUCGUGGAGAAGGCGUACGCGCAGCUGCGCUCCACCAAGCAACUGGGCUCCGGCUCGGCCUCGGUGCGCAGUGCCUCCAACGACGAAUACGUGACGCUCCAGCAGCAGCAGCAGCAGCGGACGACCAAGCAGCAGAGGCUGCCAGCGUCGCAGUCCGUGCGACGUCUGUCGAACGUUUCGUACAUAACCAAUGGCCACAAUGGCCAGCAUCUGCAUCCAAAGAGCAUUCCACAGCAGCACCAACAGCAGCAGCAGCAGCAGCAGCUGAGCGUGCUGCGACGUCAGCAGCAGAACGGACUGCGCCAAACUCUAGUCGCCAUCAAUGCGGACUACAUCACGGAGAGCAUUGUCGUCCACAAGGGCGAGAUUGUGACGCUCUGCGAGUGCCGCGAGUCCAAGGAUCAGCGCCAAUGGUUCUAUGUGAAGACGCGAGACGGACGCGAGGGCUUCAUACCAGCCGAGGUGGCCGGCCAUGGUUAUCUGUAGACUGAAGGAAGCUAAUCUCGCCUCGCUGCCCCUCCGAUGCAAGCCCUGAAGAUAUUCCAGGCUCUGCURGGACAGACAUAUUUAUAUAYAUUUAUGGAAGAGUCACAUAAUAUUUCCAUUAAGUAAUAGCAAUUAGCAAUAUCGUGUGUAUUUUAAUAUAAUCCCUCGUUUCGCGUACGCUUUUAGAAUCUACAUAGAUGUAAUCUGUGCUAUGGGUGUAUAUGUACAUGUAUUUAUUUAGCAUUUAGUCUAUGCAAUCGCAACUUGCAACACAAAUCAAAGACACGACACACGGACACACGAACGAACACAACGACAACGACACGUGGAAAACGAAACGAAACACUAUUUAUACAAACAAAAAUAUUGUACUUGAUGCUUCUACUAAAUAAUUGGAUUAAAUAAAUAAA